UGUGCCGACCUUGUUCCAGCGACGAGCUACCCGAAAGCCAGCUGUUUGUGGCGAAUAUAUUUCUGGCGAAAAGCCGCCGGUCCGGCACGCAUUUUGUCCCCUCUAUCGGGUCGUGGUAGUAGCCGUGCAUUUUCCCGUCAAAAUGAGUCAGGAUGUGAUGGGGUGCUGCUCUGCUAUCGCUAGCUAGGCGGACAAAUUCCUUCAACCAGCUUGCUGUUUCAAUCACUGCGGGUUGACACAACGUUAGCCGAGGCGUUGUUAAGCGAGCUAACGGGCUAGCUAGGCAGCUUUCGUAGCCGUUACGUGUAAUUUAGCCACCGCUGGCUAAUGUAGUUACUUGGUAAAUGGACGCAUUGCUGCGGCGUGGAUAGUGCAAUAACGUUUGUAACUCUAAUGUUGGCUGACUAGCGAGGACUACUACUUUUACUAGCGAGAACUAGCUAGUUAACGUUGGAGAGACUGCACAGAUAUCAACUGUUACGGGUUUGGAUGUCGCGACACUGCAGUUUUGAACCACUUUUGACGGAUUGUGAAGAUAGAACCGGACCACAGUGACAGACGAAAAUAUAGAAUUGGACCACUAACUGACAGAGGGGGUUGAUGUAAAAAAAAACCCAACAGGUAUUGAGUGGUUUAUCUGUUUCAGUAUUUUUUAACAUUAGCUGUAUUGAGGCAGAGCAUCUCGGGGAGGCCCCACCGUCUCCUGACUCCCUCCCCUGUCCGAAUCUCCCGUGAUUUGCCGAGAACACCCGGGCGAAGUCGCAGUUGCUGCUCGGCUGGGGGGACAACUUGACAGCGAGGCCCCUAGCUAGUCUCCCCUCCCCCAGUCCCGUCCAUCCAUCCGUCCAGCCCGACAGACCACCGCCUCGCCUGAGAUCGAAGCGAGUGCCGGGGAUUCGGGAUAAGCUGAAACCGUGGGCAAGUGAAGUGUCGCCGGGUCCCGUCUAAACUGGGCUGCCAAAACCAGUGGGGAUGACUCUGGAGUCCAUGAUGGCUUGCUGCCUGAGCGAAGAGGCGAAGGAGUCGAAACGAAUCAAUGCAGAAAUUGACAAACAACUCCGCCGAGACAAGCGAGACUCCAGGAGAGAGCUGAAAUUACUUCUUCUCGGCACGGGAGAAAGUGGCAAGAGCACCUUCAUCAAGCAGAUGAGGAUCAUUCAUGGAGCUGGCUACUCAGACGAAGAUAAGAGAGGCUUCAUCCGGCUUGUUUACCAAAACAUCUUCACCUCCAUGCAGUCCAUGAUCCGCGCCACUGAGACCCUUAAGAUCCCCUACAAAUUCGAACAGAAUCGGUCCAAUGCCAUGCUCGUGAAGGAAGUGGACAUAGAGAAGAUCAAUGGGUUUGACCAUCCCUACAUUGCAGCCAUCAAAAGCCUGUGGGCCGACCCAGGGAUCCAGGAGGCCUACGACCGCCGCAGAGAGUACCAGCUCUCUGACUCCACUAAAUAUUACCUUAGUGAUAUAGACCGUGUGACUGCGGAGGGAUACGUUCCCACCCAGCAGGAUGUGCUGAGGGUCCGUGUUCCCACCACGGGUAUAAUAGAGUACCCGUUUGACCUGGAGAACGUCAUCUUCAGUUAUCUUUCCGAUCUGGAUCGUAUUGCAGAUUCCAACUAUCUUCCCACUCAGCAGGAUGUGCUCAGGGUGCGCAUCCCCACUACAGGAAUCAUAGAGUACCCAUUCGACUUGCAAAGCAUCAUUUUCAGGAUGGUGGAUGUAGGGGGUCAGAGGUCAGAGAGGAGGAAGUGGAUUCACUGCUUUGAGAACGUCACCUCCAUUAUGUUUCUCGUGGCGCUGAGUGAGUACGACCAGGUCCUGGUGGAGUCAGACAACGAGAACCGUAUGGAGGAGAGUAAAGCUCUAUUCAGGACUAUCAUUACCUACCCCUGGUUUCAAAACUCCUCCGUCAUCCUCUUCCUGAACAAGAAGGACCUGCUAGAGGAGAAGAUCUCCUACUCACACUUGGUGGACUAUUUCCCUGAGUUUGAUGGUCCCCAGAGAGAUGCACAGGCAGCGCGGGAGUUCAUCCUCAAGAUGUUUGUGGACUUAAACCCAGACAGCGACAAGAUCAUCUACUCUCACUUCACUUGUGCCACGGACACUGAGAACAUCCGCUUUGUGUUUGCAGCUGUCAAAGACACCAUCCUACAGCUCAAUCUCAAAGAGUACAAUCUGGUGUGAGGGCUCACGUACAACGCGCAUCUCCUCCCCAUUGCACAAAUGCACACCUCUUUGGGAGUGUGUGCUCAACUCCACAUGCAUUACACAGCACACUAUGCUGGCUCACACACAGACACAGACACAGACACACACACACACACACACAUACACAUGCACACACAAACACAAACACACACACACACAUACACACGUCAACAGAACCCUUCCUGUUUUGUUUUUUUCUAGUACAAUACAUUAACAAAUCCUCCCUCCUGCAAACGCCGCCCCUCCUCUUUUCACCAAAGCUCACCCUCUCUUCCUCCUUCGCUCGGCAGCUUGUUGUGUCAGAGUCCUCGCUCCUCCCAAAGCUGCUCCGCGUGUCAGCUUUGGCCUCGGCUGCUGGCUCUGGCACAUUUCAUCUGGCACACAAACCUUUCACACGGGCUGUACAGUGACUGAAGGGGACUUUGGUGUUUGUGUGUGUGUGUGUGUGGUAAGUGGGUGUGUGUGUGUGUGUGUGUAUUUGGGGCAGCAUUGACUAGCGAGGAGCUGUGUUUUGGUGAAGAGCGGCAUCAAACCCCUUUUGGCCCUCCGGAGUUGACCCUCAGCAGUGUGAGAUCAGAUCCUCCGUCGUGUCCUCUCUGAGCUCCUGCCUGCGUGAAAAGACGUGAAUGCCCUGUUUCCGGAAGACAACCAAGCGGGCGGCAUCAAGCUUCUUGGGACAGAGUGAUUCGGACAGGAAGUGAGGUUGCACACCGGACACAAGAGGACGGGGCCGAGGAUUCUGUCUCCACCUCGCAUCUAUGAAUGUACCAGUGUGAGCAUCGCAAGCGCAAAAAAACAAAAAUAAAAAAAAUAGACAUAUAUAUUAUGAAGUAAAUGCAUAUGUAAAAACACUUAAGACAAAAAGCACGAGAGGGCAAGACAUCGCUAAUCAAAAUCUGUUCAUUGCUGAGAUUUUUAAAAUGUUUUUAAUGAUAGAAAUUUGUUGCUAUGUCUACUUCUAUUUAACAAAUAACGGCUAAAAGGAAUGGUUAUGAGAAGUGGUAAGAAAAUCUAUAAAAACUUUUAAACUUUGCAACACAAAGACAUCUAAAAAGAAGCAACCAGAAAUUUACUUGACAUAAGUAUCCUUUAAAGAUUUCUGUGGGAUUUGUGUUUUAUGUUUAAGUUAAUCACAUCGCUUCCCUCCUCCAGAUGUUUUCUGUACGGACUCACAGGGACAAUCUUGCAUGUGACCUUCACAGCAUCUGGCUCCACCGAUACUCCCCUCCCCCCCAACCACACCCUUAUUACAAAACACUAGCAGCGGGCGAGAGGUCCCUGCUUUCGACACGGCUCUGCUCUGAUUGGUGGAAGCAGAUGUGGAGGGGAGUGUGAUGUCAUCAGUGUUUAUCAGCCCACGGAGCACAGCUGCAGCUCAGGCUGCAAGUAGCUUAUUCAACAAAAUAAAAGCUGUAAAUUAAACACGCCCGCACCCCGAGGUGUGAAUGGAAUCCACGUGGUAACAUCUCUGAUGACGUCACACCUGUGUCACUCAGCCGUCCAAUCAGACACACUUCCUGACGAUGACAUGGUCAUCACAUCAGGAUGUGCUUCUGUUUACUUUUUCUUUCUUUUUUUUUUUUUUUUACUGUAUAGUCACUUUGUUUAUAUAUAUAAAGGUUGCUUGCUGUCGAGUGGUGAGAGGAGGGGGGAUAUGAACCUUUCACAGAAACCGCACUCUGAAGUCUGCAAAUGUUUGUGUAUAUUUGUUUGUAAAUACAUAUACACAAAACACUCCUGUACAAAAACGCUCUGUGGUACACCAUCUUUGGCAAAAAAACAAAACAAAAAAAAACACACACAAAAAAAACAACUUCUUUCAUUAGCAUACAGUUUUUUCCUAUGAAUUUAUGGUAGUAGUGAUACUGUGAUUAUGGAUUUUGUUCACUUGAUUAAUAGGACUACACAGAGCUGAGUGGUGUUGAGAUAACGAUCGGCAAGGAGCAAUAGUCCGAGAAAAGAGGUUCCUCCCAACCAGCCUCUCGACUCCACACUACUGCAACAGCUCUGGCUGCAGAGUACACCAACUAGGGCUGGUAAAAUCUUCACAGUAUGGUGACAAGAUGAUUUUAAGAGUAAUUAAAGAUUUUUUUAUUUAUCUAAUUUAUGGACCAGGUUUGAAGGUGUUGAUAAUUUGACUGCUUUUGAUUCUGUCAUGUUGAAGUGCUCCUUUUCUCAUGCCGGAGCCUACUUGAGUCUGAACUGCUGUAAAAACGAAUGUCUGGUAUAGUAAGGACUUUAUCUCUGCUUUCUAUUUCUUAUUGAGACAUUUCCAGUUGUACUUGCCAUCACAUCUCCAUCCAUGAUAAUACUGUUUGGUUUUCUUUAGGAGCCCUCACAUUCGUUUGAUUUUUCUUUUUUCUUUUUUUUUUUUACGAAACUUGUAUUUCCUCUUGGUUUAUAGAUGCAGCGCUGUAAUGCAUACCUAGAAAAAUGUACAGUACGAACGUAGGUGGACUUUUUUAUCAGUGAUUGAAGACCCACGAGGUCCAUGCUUGCUCUUUGUAAUUUAACACGAAAAUUCUGUUGUCGGUUUUUGCAUUGUUAAUUUCCAGUUUUUGAGGCUUGCUUUGAUAGUGCCAGUGAAGUGCAGAUAUACUUUUUUGGUCUUUGACCUUUUCUACAGGUGACUUAUCCUUCAUCCUCAUUAAGGGCUAUCACAGUGCAUCAGGCAUCAGACAGCGGGGAGUGGAGUACAGGACCACAGUGAACCAAGUCAUCCACUACUAAUCCUUGUUUAUAAAUGGAGAUUACUUGCAGUAUGUGCUAUAAGAAGUAUAGACAGGGUGUAAAUGCAAACGUAAGGUGUGUGUAGAGAGUUUACCAACACUAAGCAGUUUUCUUUAUGUAUUUCUUUGUGUCUGGCCCUUUCGGUGAAUGAAGUGGACCCAGUAUCUGGCUCUGUAACCUUCAUUACUACUUGUUUUGUUUGCAUUGGUAUCACAGUGUAAUACCUCAUGCAGUGUAGAAACACUUAUCACUAAAGGCACUACUACCAGGACAAGUAUUGCAUGUUUCCCCAAGUAUUUGACUCGUAGCUGAUAGCCAAGUACUGACCAUACUUAUGGCUUUGCAUGUUUUAACCCAUUAACUACAAAUCUCUUACUUAAUUGUUACCCAUUUUUUCCAGUUUCUAAAUUGAUUUCCUGCUUUGCAUGCAGCUGUUGGUUUCCGUUCAUGCCACUGAGGUUGGAAUUGUAACUUGCAGGGAGUUCAGACUUUUUGCCAAGCUUACGCUACUGCACAAUCGUAAAGUACAAUGGUAGGACCAUGUGAAUUUGGUACUUUAGUGCCAUUUACCAAAGUACCGGUCUAACAAAGUAGAAAUGCACAAAUCCAAAUCUUUAUCUCGAUUCCACUUCUGAUGCCUCAGCUGAGAGUAUUAGUCCAAUGCUCGUGCUCUCCUUUUUCCAAAUGUAAAAUCUGCGUACCACACUGUGUGGACCAGAGGUCGCUGUGGCACUAAAAACAGAGUUAGGGUACUUCAUAACUGACAGGAAACACUAAAUUUCAUAAUGGCACUGACAAAGACACUGUAGUUAAUGUGGAUCGGAUGCGUCUGGCCAAUACAGAUCGCUAAAUGAGGUCAGUAUCAGCACUGAUAAACAAUCCAGCAUUUCUGAUCGGUACAGUUGAUAGGAGUUUUCACCUCUAUUCUCAACUGUAUUAAUGUCUAAAAGAUUGUUCUCAGAUGAACAGAAACCACAUGCUGCUGAAAAGAGAGGCAAUCUAAAAAAAAUCUUGCAGUAUGUUUCAAAAACUAAGCAGUGAUGUAAAGUUUGACUACCAAGUUAAUGAGGCUAAAAUAUAUAUUUCAAACAAGCCAGUGUGGUCCUCAACUGCCAUUUUGUCUGCUGAAAAUGACACUAACCUUUGAGCAGAAGACGCAGACAGCCAGCCAUUAGCCUGCUGUCGUAAAGAGGGUCUGGAUUUCAGUAUUUAAGUGAAACGAUAUACCUGUCUGGAUACCCAAGUAUUUAUCAGUCGUCGUGUUGAGAUUUACGGAGUGCUGAGUGCAGCUCACUUCCAUGUAUUAUUAUUACACUUGACACUACAACUCUGGCACAUGGUGAAGGGCUGACUGGCUGUUAGUGUGGGUUUGGUUGUGUGUUGGCAGCCCAGUGUUGCACAGUGUUUUUUUUUUUUUUUUUGUGGACACAUUUAAUCUCAACAUAUAUUAGUUGGAAAGAGUGGGAGGCACUCUUGUAUGGAACUUAAAUCUCCUCAUUAUUUCGCUCUCGUCCGUUUUGAGCAAUGAGCAGUGGAAAGACUGGAUUGGUUUUUCACUACAACACUUAUUUAUUGCCUUUCAUUGCCUUGAAUAAUGAAAUACAGUGUUGCUGGCCCCCUCUCGGUUUUCGGAGCAUGCUCUGCGGCCUUUUGGGUGGCCGUGGUUGAGCGAUGUCCCUUCCUGCGGCCUUGUUGUUAGAGCCAGUGGAAUCGAACUUAUCUUUCGGACGUCAGCGUGGAGUCGGUGCAUAUUCAAAACUUAAAUCUUGUUCCCUUUUUUUUGUGUUUUUCCAUUUCCUGUACGAUAAGACAUUACCAGAACACUAUUAUUUAGGACCACUUGAUUUAUUUUUCCUCACUCCAAUGAAACCUGAAGGUCAAUUGUGUAGUGGUGUAUAAAAUGCUGUUUUUUUUUUCUUUGUUUUGUAUGUAAACCAAAUGUAAAUUAUGUAUUAUACUGAGUGUGCCAACCCCACUCUCUCUAGAGCCAGGCUCUCUCUAAGUGCCAACGCUGUGGUCAUCAUCAAAGGACCAGCACCUGAGAUGGUCCCCCUUUUUAAAUAACACACACCGGAGACUAAAAGGAUAGAUGAUUAAGUACACACAAAGACUUUAUUCUGUAUUUAAGAUUGAAGAUUUAAAAGAUAAUCUGCUGUUUUUUAAGAAACUGUAAUUAUAAUUGCAUGUGCUGUUUAUUUUGUGUUGGAAGUGAGGGCUUUGAUGUUUUCAUUGAAGCAGAGCCCUUGAUGAAGGGGGUUCAAUCAGUUGGUUAUUAUCGAUUAUUGAUUUACAUAACUCUUGCCAUAUUUUUUUAAGUGUUUCAUGUAUUUGUUUCAACCACUGUUGCCUGAUCCUCAUUCAAACAUGAACAUGACUUAUGAUCAUUGCCGCCUUCUAAGAGAGAAACAUAAUGACAAGGUAUCUGUUUUAAAUUGAAAUAAAUUUGUUCCUAU